ACACGCCCGCUUAUCCGCCAUUUGUAAGCAUUUUCAAAGAGAACUGAUAUCAACAGGGGGAAGAAAAAAAAAAGCAUUAAAAACCUAUCUAGAAUUAUCCAGCUUUUAAAAUUAUAAUCCAAGACCUGGCGGCGUAAAGCCGUGUCAAUGCGGCUAGGAGUGUGAAGCAGAGGAUCGCUGCAGAAUUCAUUUCAAAGCGGAGACGUGUUCGGAUCGAAGGCCGCCAUUUUCACAGCAAAGUCUAGUACUGGACAAAAAAGGCUUUUUAUAAACCGCUUUCACGAAAUCAGGGGCUCUGUAUUCCACACUGCAAAUAUAAGUAUACCAAUAUUUUUAUAUGUAUAUUGCGGACAUGCCUGAUAUUUAGCACAAUGAGGGACGAUUUAUUUAAGUAAAAAGACAGUCUGUUAGAUGUGUUGAGUGCUGAUAACUGAUUUUAAAAAAAAUAAGGAAAAGUUAAACUAAUUGCGAUAUUCAUUAUAUGCAUUCGAUUUCUGAAUGAGUUUUUUUUUUUAAAUGACUGUUUAUUGAAAGUGGAAACUGAGCAUUAGGAUGAUUUAAGUCAGUGGUGGUGCAUAGACGUUUCUCGAGGAACGUUUAGCUACAGAAGCUUAUUUCAAUUUCCUUGUAGUAAUCUGUUACAUUUGCACCCAGUUUGAUUUUUAAAUUGUAAAGAUUUUUGGAGUGCAGUUCACCCUGGAUCAUUUUAAAGCGUAUGUGCUUCUUUCAAAGUAGCGGUUUAGAUUGAGCUAUUGUGUGUGUUCCAAAAAAAUCAAUAAUCAUGUCAUCAGCACGGUUCGAUUCCUCGGAUCGGUCUAGCUGGUAUUUCGGACCCGUUUCCCGACAAGAAGCCCAGAACCGGUUACAGGGACAGAGACACGGCAUGUUCCUGGUCCGGGAUUCAUCUACUUGCCCUGGUGACUAUGUGCUGUCGGUGUCGGAAAACUCAAAAGUGUCUCACUAUAUCAUCAACUCGUUACCAAACAAAAGGUUUAAAAUAGGAGAUCAGGAGUUUGAACAUCUACCAGCGCUUUUGGAAUUCUACAAAAUACAUUACUUGGACACAACAACACUUAUAGAGCCAGCAACGAGGUACCCAAAUCCAGCCAUAGGAACCAGUCCUGCACCUGUUCUGGGAUCAGCAGAAGAAAACCUGGAAUACGUUCGGACACUGUAUGAUUUCACUGGGAACGAUGCAGAGGACCUUCCCUUCAAGAAAGGCGAGAUCCUGAUAAUCCUAGACAAGCCCGAGGAUCAGUGGUGGAGCGCCCGCACCAAGGAGGGCAGAGUCGGCAUGAUCCCUGUGCCGUACGUGGAAAAGCUUGUUCGACCAUCGCCGCACCAGUUCCACGGCAACAGAAAUUCAAACAGUUAUGGCAUCCCUGAGCCUGCACACGCCUACGCCCAGCCACAGCCACCCUCCCCUCUCCCCCCUACCACCCCAGGGGCUGUCAUCAACCCUCUGCCCUCCACACAGAACGGACCUGUCCUGGCUAAAGCUAUCCAGAAACGAGUGCCUUGUGCUUACGACAAGACAGCCCUGGCACUAGAGGUCGGAGACAUUGUAAAGGUGACAAGGAUGAACAUUAGUGGCCAGUGGGAGGGUGAGGUGAAUGGCCGAAGAGGUCUGUUCCCCUUCACUCACGUUAAAAUAAUUGACCCCAAGAACCCAGAAGAAAGCGAAUGAGUGUGUUUUUUUUUUUUCUUCACAUCUUCACUGCUGCCACAAUUCGCCUGUCCUGUUAUCAGCAUCGUAUUUGGUGCAUUGCUUCUAUGAGCUUCUCAGUCAAACGAGAAGUCUUCAACAUUUAAUCUUCUGCUGUAGAUGGGAUACUUCUGACAAUUCGGAACGCUGCCUAUAAACUGCCAUUAACCCCUUUCAGUAAUUAAAAUCAGGUUUAACAAGUAGUUUGAAUGUUUUAUGAGUUUAAUAUUGUUUUUUUUUUUUUUUUUUAACUGUUGGCUACACAACUUCUGAGCCAUGGUGUUUGAUGUAUGUCUUCAAUUUAAGUGACUACAGUUGCUAACUAAAGUCAAAUGUGUUUUAUCAGCUUUGUGACAAUGACCAGAAGGGGUUCAUUUAAAUGUUUUAAGGAUAAGAAAUGUAAUCAGUCGAAAAAUGGUAUGACAGUGAAAUGAACUACUGUGCUAUAAAGGUCUGUUCAUUCACUUUUGUACCUUAAACAUAAGGAUAAGACAGCUGCCGUUCUUGUAGAAUAAUGUAAAGUCAGCGUGGCUAACUGUAAAAUGGUGUGUUUGGCACAGGCUGGAUAAGGUAAGCCAUACCUAUUUGAAGCAAGGCUGUCAUUCUUGAGCAACAAAGACGAUGAUUAUGAAGACCAUCCCAGAGAUGCUAUUAUUUAUGACAACAAAAAAUGCUUUCCUCCAAAAGUUUUUGUGAAUGAAGCUUGCGUUAAUCUCAAAGAAGAAAGAGACUGAAAGGCUGCAUUUUUUACACGGGCUUAAAUGUAAAUUGGGGUCUAAAUAAGGUGUAAAAAUGUUAACUUUUUGUGCCAUAACUUCCUGCUCUAAUUGUAGCAACAGCCGAAAAGAUGUUUUGGAUGCAACGGGGUGGUUAUGAAACACAAUCAUGGAGGAUGUGCGUUACAAGCACUGCAUUUGUGGUAAGCUUUGAAAGGGAAACACUGCAGGCUCCUACAGUAUUUGUUUUUCUUUAUCUGUAGUGUGUGUGAGGGUAAAGACUGUCCCUUUUGAAGAAACCUUCAUAACCCAUUUUUACCUGAGCUCUUUAAUUCCAGACAUGGUAAGUAAUUUAGGGCUUUCUAUCCAGAGUGAGUCAGUCACUACUCCUUUAACAAUGUUACGUGAUCAAGAGUUUAUGGGUAUACCCAGAAAACAACAAAGAAGAAAGGAAGAACCCAGUGCUUUGAGUGGCUCAUUUCUCCUGUACCAUUUAUCACAAACCAGUUUACACAACCCUGUUGUAUUUUUCAGAAACUUUAUAGAAAAAGCACAUGUCCUUGAAUAACCAUCUGUUUCAACCCCCUUUCCCAAAAAGGUUUGCUGGAGUGUUUCCCUUUUAACGCUUUGUGCUGCUGGAUGUUCUCUUGCUUGCUUUGUUAUAGGCUGAUAGAAUACUGCAUUAGGCUGUCCGCACAGAAACCACAUUGUUCAUGCUGCUGUCAGGUGGAUUAUCCCCAGUCAUGUUUUUUUUUGUUUGUUUUUUUAGACGAGAAAAAACAUUGUUAAAUUAGGUUGUCAAACUGUAAAAGUUUGUAAUGAAAUCUGCGCUCGUCGUGCGUUUUUACUUGUGCUGAAAUAAAUGCAUAAUGCAAACUUGAGUAAGAAUUAAAAGGGAAAAUGCCUGUCUGGCCUCUCUGCAUGAGAUCCUAACCUUGUUUUAAUUUUAUUGUUUUGUGUUAAGGGAAGGACAAACGUUGCUUUGUGUCGCUCUGGAAUGCACAUGUUUCUUCCUGUGUAAUGCUAAUACAACCUUCAUUCUAACCCUGUGAUUGAACAAUAACUACUAGUGUUUAAAUAUUGCAUCUGAACUGUAAACGUCAUGAUCCGAUAUAAAGCAUUUGCUUUCAAAAAUGACGGGGGGGGGGGGGUUAUGUCUAAAUUGUAUUUUUGUUUGUCAGAUUAACAGUAUUACAGUACCUAUAAUCAUAAUUUAGGGUGCAUACAGAAUAUCCAUGUCUCUUAAACAAAUCAGUGCCUUUUAUUUUCUUACCAUUUACAGUUGUAACAGUGCGUCACAUGGUUAACACCAAUGUUCUGUAAAUAAAAUUGACAUCAAGAUCCGU